UAGUCUAAAUUUUUUUUUGGUCUAUCUGUCUUGACUCAGUUGUUCUUGAUAUAUCAUGAUAGCUUUUAUUUUUUCCUUAAAAUUAUUUUUGGGCCAUAUUUUAUUUCUCAGUCUUUAUGUUGCACAGUGUCUUUUUUAUAAAUGCAUUUAUUUAUUUUUUGGCACUAAUAUAUAAUCCCGUUUUUUUUCCUUGAGCAUCUUCUUCAUUUUUUUUCUUCCAAAACCUAGUUGUAAUGUCAUCUGAUUCAGCUUCCUCUCUACCGUCCCCAAUGUCAGAACCUUCGUCUGUCUCUCCUAUGGUUGAGGUCUCUUCGUCCUUGUCUCCGAUGGUGCCUUUGCCCCCUGUUCCUGAAUUCAUUGUCGCCUCUAGCUCCGCUGAGCCCUUUUCUACCGUCGUCCCACCGUCUGGAGAUGAGGUUUCAGCUUCUCUUCCUGCUCCAACCAACCCACUGGCAUCAUCUCAGGGGGAGCUUCCUAGCAGUGUCGCUCUUGCUCAGGGGGAGCUUCGUGUCUCUGAUCCUUCUCCAUCAACUCAGAAGGAGUUGCCUACUGAUCCAUCUGUUUCUCUUUCUGCACAGUAACUGAAGCUACAAUUAUGAUCACUAAGGGGGAUAUUUAGUCUAGGUUUCUGGUUGUUCUGGUUGUUUGUUGGUUCUCUUUUGUGACUAUUUAUGGAUGAAUAUGUGCGACUCUUCUGUAGUCUUUUCUAUUUAUGUGUUUUUUCUUUUCUUAUCUUUUGUAUGAACUCUUUCUCUGGGUUUACAUGGUUGGUUGUGUUUACUGACUCUAUUUUUUGGUUUACAUGCCAAUCUUGUUAUUUGAUUCAAUGAUCAUAAUUUUCCAAAGGGGGAGAUUGUUAAUGCCUAUUUUGGACUCUGACGUGUUUGAUAUAAUUAUGAUGUUGUUUUGUCU